AACACGCGUCCACGCAUGGAGCUGCCGCCGCCGCCGCCUCCACUCUCUUUUACGCACCGAGUCCGAUAAUGCGCGCAGGUACAGGGACCCUCACCAGCCACGUUCCCAGCCGCCACACUGAGCAAUCAAUCUCCUCCUGAGGACUAAUAUGAAAGAAGUGGAUGUAGAGGUGUGACACAGCCGAGAACGGGAGGCAUAUUUCUGUGUGUGGAUCAUUUCUCGUUUCGCCCCCACCUAGCGUCAGCAUGGAUGUCUUGGCGAACCACAGUAUCUUUCAGGAACUUCAGCUCGUCCACGACACCGGCUACUUCUCCGCCAUGCCGUCGCUGGAGGAGAACUGGCAGCAGACCUGCCUAGAAUUGGAGCGCUAUCUGCAGACGGAGCCCAAGCGUCUGUCCGAGCUCUUCGACCAAGACCUGGACGGUCUCCUGACUCCGGCUUACCUAAAGGAGGAUGGCGAGGAGGAGCUGACGGAGGCCCUGCUCCCCGGCCUGCCCAGCCUCCCCGAGCCUCCCAGCCCACCUCCAGUGAUCCUCCACUGCCCGACACGGAAGAGCUUCCCUCCCGCUGGCGCAAUGAAAAAGGACCACAAACCCAAAAGCCAGGGGCUGGAAAGCGUCGACGGGGUGGAAGGAGUCCACCAGGCCCAGCUGAGUGCCGUCACCUCGCUGACGCCCCCGUCGUCACCGGAGCUGGGCCGCCACCUCGUCAAACCCAACCAGACGCUGACGGCCUCGGCCGACGGCACGCUCACCCUGAAGCUGGUGGCCAGGAAGGUGGGGCUCAGUGCGGCCCGGCUGGUGGCGGCGCACGCCCUCCCCGUCCGAAUGAAGGACGAAGAGGAGGGGGCCGCGUGCGUGAUCGGGGUCGGGGAGCUCCCGGAGAACAAGAAGAGGAUUCACCGCUGCCAGUUCAACGGCUGCAGGAAGGUGUACACCAAGAGCUCCCACCUGAAAGCUCAUCAGAGGACACACACAGGUGAGAAACCGUACAAGUGCUCGUGGGAGGGCUGCGAGUGGCGAUUCGCCCGGAGCGACGAGCUGACGAGGCACUACCGCAAACACACCGGCGCCAAGCCCUUUAAGUGCAACCACUGUGACAGGUGUUUCUCGCGGUCGGACCACUUGGCGCUGCACAUGAAGAGGCACAUCUGAGGAAUUUGAGAGAGGUCAGCGGGAGUGGAAGAGACGGGGGGAGAGGAUGGAGGCCGAGUUUGAAGAUACAAUUUUUUUUUUUUAAAAACGGAAAAAUUACACGUUGGAUGUGAAUGAGGGAGAGUGAGAGAGAGACAAAAGACCAUUCUGGACUGGGUGGGGGGGAGAGGCACCACACGGGGACGCUGACUACAGACAAAAAACGCAUUCAGGCGGGCGGGCGGACGGAUCCUGAGCGGGUCUGUGAAUCUGUGAACCAGCCGCUCCGUGAUUCCACAAUGACACGUCAAGACCUCACAAAUGUCUCCCGGCGUUGCCGUGUGGACAAUGCAGGCGCUUCCAUCCCACCUUUGCGAUGCCUCUCGGCGGGGAUGUCGCGGGAGCAAUGGUGGGCCGCGUGCCUGUAAUUGGCGGCUCUUUGUUUUUUGUCGUCCUUGCAGUCUUUGCGACCCCCCCCCCCCCCCGAUCCGAGACGCUUCCGAAAAUGUCGGCCCCCGUCGCGCGGCAGGGCUCCUACACGCCGGCGGGUACACCGCCGCCAAGCGGGACCCGAUGUACAGUAAAUCGAGGGCGCUGACCGCGGAACCGGCGUUUGUAUAUUCAAAAUGUCCUCGUCUUAGAACCCUCCGAGGCCGAGGAGAACUGUUGGUCGCCCAACAGUAGCUGGCUUUUCACUUCCACGGAGUUUGCCGCGGCCUUUACCAUUCCCAAAGGUUUUGUCGUCAUCAUUAUGUACAGGACAGGUAAUCGUUUGACAGUUUUUCAUCCGACCUCUGUGUCACACACGCCAACCGGAUCCAUUCAUAAAUCCUCCCGGUCCGAUGGCAUCGCAGCGCACGUCUGAACGGCGCAUCCGAUUGGACUUCCCGGAAACUCGAGGAUGUGAGUCUGCCCCACCGACGCGCUGGGAGGACUGAUGGAGGUCGUACCGGGGCCUGGCUCGCUUUACGAACAUCCUCCAUCGAGGGCUACCACUGGACGAGGCUAACUGAUCGUCUCUGGGGAAAGCUUGCUCCUCUCCUAGAAUGUCAGCUGAACCCCGGGCGUCUCAACAGAUGCUGGAUGGAUCCCUAAGAGUGGGGGGGGGGUUUUCCCCCUCUUGUCAGAAACUGUUGCACAAUUGACUCUUCGCAUAAAUUUUUUGUAAAAAAAAAAAAGAAUUCCGCACCGUCUUGGAGAGAAGUUGGGACUCACGGAAUGCUGGCUUUCUCACGUCCAAAGGAGAGUGGCCGGCCGAAUGCACAAGUGGAAGCAGCUUGCUGACUGCGAUAGCACACAGACAAGAUCACUAUGUAUGUAAAGGCUAUAUUGUUUCUAAGGAAAUAUUCUCCUAUUUGUUGGACGAAAACGAGUUGAAAAGAACAUUUUGAAGAACACAUUGGAAAUGGAUGCAGCCCCCCCCCAAAAAACAACACGAGUGUCUACCGCAGAUGCCGGACAUGAUCUCUUUGGCCUUUGAGAGGGAUUGGCACCUAACUAGUCACUGGGUAGAGGACGGUUUUUCAUGUUCGCACCAACCAUGUAGAACUCUUCCAAUUCCGCAGCUCCUGUCAGAGAAAAAAGCAGCACCCAAUCUGGCCCCUAUGCACAUCUCGAAAAAAAAACAUUCCCGCUGACGUUCCCUGACGGUACACGUCGGCCCGAAUGCAGAUCUCUACCCUGCCGGACACGGAGGGACUUCUGGGAAGACCCGAAUUCAAUCAAUUGGGUGGCUCCUCUCGGAGCAAAUCAAUGUGAAUGUAUCUGUUGUGAGUCUGUACAUGUCGCCGGGCCCCUAGGUGAGAACAUAGCGGACACCGCUGGUGUUCAUAGUUUUCUCUUUUUUCACAUGACAAACAAAAAGGUUUCAGAACAACUAGGUAGCCACGCGUCGCACUGGACCGGCCGGAGUGCAGUUUUGUCCAGUAGGGGGGGGGGGGGGGGGGCCCGAAGUAGGUUGGGGAAAUAACUGCAGUGGAGUGAAAAACCCACGUGCACACAGAGAUGCAUGUGUGCACUCCCAGCCAACUGGAAUAAACAUUUGUUUGAGGCUUGUUUUGUUUUUUUACACUUAAAAGUGUCCCGUCUUUAAAAUCCACAAAUUAAUUGAGGGGGUGAACGUCGUCUCAGCCCGAGCGCACACAAAUCAAAAAAGGCAGCUGGGACAAAAGUAGAUUAUCAAGAUACAGAUGAACUUGAUUGGGAGCAGCUACAUCAAUGUGUUCAUUCGUUUUUUUAUUCUUUUCCUUUUUUUUUCUUUUCUUUUUUUACAGGACUUUUAAUGCUUUGAGGCGAAGUGAAGCACACAGCAAUCUGCUGUGCUUGGCAAGGGACAAACAAAAUUGAUUUCCUUCUGUGUACCAGAGGCGCUUUUCAAUUUCGGGGUAUGAAUGCAGACCAGCUCAAUCAUAUCUAGUCAUGAUCUGUCUGCGGCUCUGGAAGUAUAGAUACUGAAUCAACUCCUGCGUCGCAUAAGCAGAGAGCGCUUUCUCUCUUAAUGUGCGAACAAGCCCGGCCCCCGUCUUCUCAUUGAACAUCUAUAGGUGACACAGAGAGGGGGGAGUGACCACAGAGGAAUCCGACUGACAAAGGUUUUUAACCCCUGGUUUUUCACUUUCUAAGAGAAAAAAAAACUGUUCUCAUCGUCCAUCCAGGUUCCACACAAUCCAAGCUGCCAGUCGUUUAAAUAAAGCGAAGCGGACGACAGACGAACCUUUGAGAAUUUGUUCGGUCGUUAACUUAUCCAGUUAUGAUGGGAAUGUAGAUGAAGAUACAAUGAACACGAGCAGUUUAACCCGUGGUUUAAAAACUGUAUCAUCAAUGGCAGCUCUAGUUUGUGUGAUUCAGUAUUUUAGUGGGACACUCUCCCGUUACACUGAACUGUUGCGUAUGUGCGAGGAUUUUUUUCCGGACUGGAUGUGUGUUUUCACGGUCGGUCCGGCUCUUCUUGCGACUUGACGUGAAACGAAAUUGUUUCUCACGCGAGCUCAGAAAAACGUUUCAAACGUGAAUGUGUUUUUUCUGGAAAGGUUUCCUACCACGUCGUCUCCGGGGAUGCGGUUGGGUUUUGUGUCAUCUUAAUGAAUGAUUGUCAAUUCUGCUGUGCCUGUGUGUUCUUCGUCUGUUUGUAUUUGCACUCUGAAUUUUUUGGGGGGAAAACUCACUUGCAUAUCUGCUGUUUUUUCUGUCCGCUUGUACACCACACUUCGAACGCCCAAGGACCACGCCGAUCACCGAGUCUGUAUAGUCGAGCCCUUUCCUUUUUCUGAAUGCACACACUCAUGCAUACAUGCAAACAUACCACGCCAAACGACACUCGGCAGCCACAGAGACAACCACGUUCACACAUGAAAUGCAAAACUCCAUCCCGAAUCAACACAAAACACUUGAGCAUACUCACAAAAUACUCACCAAAAAAACACACUGGUACACUUGUUCCCCGUUCUGUGUCUCACUGUUAUUCAUGCCACAUUGUGAGUCUACGAUCCAGACCGCAGCUCUCGCUCUCAGCAGAGGGACUCUGUGUUUGUGUGUGUGUGUGUGUGUGUGGGGGCGGGGGGGCUGAGGGGUUGGGGUCCAUUACUAUGUGCGACGCCACUUCUCUUUCCACCAGGUCUGAAUUUCAAAUCAAACGCACCCGCUAUUUCUACCAGCAUUUCCUCAACGCUUACCCUGCCUCUCUUCCCUCUACCCCGUUCUUCCAUUUUCUCAGAUAUGAUCCCUUUCAAACUCCUCUGUCCAGCCCCCCCCCCCCCCCCCCCACACACACACACACACACACACACUUCACCACCCCCCACCCCUACCCCACCACCUCUCCUCCUCCUCUUCCCCGUCUCCACCUUUUUUUCCCCCCUCCAUCGACCGUCUCCUUUUUCUUUCGCUGUACAAAGUGUUUCAAAUUUAUCAUUUGUAUAUUAUGAUGUAUGGGUACGAUAAUGUUCUUUAUUAUGGAAAAAUGAGAAAGAUUUAUUUUUGUUACUGGUUUGUUUCAUAAUUCUUUUUUAAAUUGGUAUUGUAAUAUCUCUAUGCAAGGAACUGUUCAGUGAAUCGUUUUUAUUUAAGAAUGUAAUUAUGUGUAAUAAAUGGU